AGUGGAGUCCUGGGUGGAAACGCGCCCGCCCUCUCUCUCUCUCUGCGGAACACGACGCUGUGAAGCCCGGCGCUGGACCCGAUUAUUACAUUUAUUCCAUAAGACCUGACAUUGUGUGGCUCUCAGGGAUAAACUCUCCGCCAUGUCUGACGACGGAGGUGUUGGAGAAAACGAGCACGAGUUCCCGGCUCAUUAUAAAGUCAUGCUGGAUAAACUGAAUGAACAGAGGCAGCUCGAUCAGUUCACAGACAUCACGCUGAUCGUUGACGGUCAUCAGUUUCGAGCCCAUAAAGCCGUGCUAGCUGCCUGCAGUCAGUUCUUCCAUAAGUUCUUCCAGGACUUCACUCAGGAACCUCUGGUUGAGAUUGAGGGAGUGAGUAACAGUGCGUUCCGUCACCUGAUGGAGUUCACCUACACGGCGACGCUGGCCCUGAGAGGUCAGGAGGAGGUGAUGGACGUGUGGAGAGCAGCUGAGUAUCUGCAGAUGCAGGAAGCCAUCAAAGCUUUAAACAACAGAGUGAAGGAUGAGAGCAGCUCGCCGAAGCCCUCGGAGUCUCAGCCUCUCGCUGAUAAAACCAAAGCGAAGAAGAGAAAAAUCGCAGAGACGACGAACGUGAUCACGGAAAGCCUGCCGUCGGCGGAGUCGGAGCCGGUGGAGAUUGAGGUGGAGGUUGAGGACGAAGCCAUCGUUCAGGAGUGCGUGAUGGAGGAGGAGGUGACUGAGGUGGGCAGGGAAACCGACGACUCUGCUCUCGCGCUGCUCGCCGACAUCACCAGCAAAUACCAGCAGGGGGCGUCGAACGUGAAGAACGUCAGAGAGGAGGUGGGUGACCUCCAGGAGGAGGCAGUAAUGGCCACCAAAACGCUGGAGGGCAUCGAGGUGGUGGAGGUGCAGAUCUCUGACAACAUGUUCCGCUGCGAUAAGUGCGAUCGGUGCUUUAAGCUCUUCUACCACCUGAAGCAGCACAUGAAGACGCACGCGGCGAGCGUGGAGAAACCAUACGUGUGUAAGCACUGCGGGAAGACGUACGCCCGGGAGGGGGCGCUCAAACAGCACGUCAGCACGUGUCACUACGACGCCGAGGAGCUGAACAAGAAGCUGAAGAAGAAAGUGCACAUGUGUGUGUACUGCAGUAAGGAGUUCGACCACUUCGGACACUUCAAAGAGCACCUACGGAAACACACAGGUGAGAAACCCUUCGAAUGUCCAGAUUGCCACGAACGCUUCGCCAGGAACAGCACGCUGAAGUGCCACAUGUCGGCCUGCCAGAACGGCGCCGGAGCCAAGAAGGGCCGGAAAAAACUCUACGAGUGUCAGGUUUGUGGUGAGGUGUUCAAUAGCUGGGAUCAGUUCAAAGAUCACCUGGUGGUCCACACAGGUGACAAACCCAACCACUGCACGGUGUGUGAUCAGUGGUUCACUCACACCCGGGACCUGAAGACUCACCUGCAGCAACAGCACGCCAUACACGAAGAGGACGGAGCCAUGGCGGAGGAACGAGCGGAGCUGGAGGAUGGAGUGAUUAAAGAAGAACAGGUGGAGCUGCAGGGGGCGGUGAUUGAGGGGCGAGUGCAGCUGCAGGAUGGCGUGAUCGUGGAGGGACAGAUGGAGCUUCGAGACGGAGUGAUGGAGGGACAAGUGGUCCUGCAGGACGGAGUAAUGGAACAACAAGUGAUCCUGCAGGACGGAGUGGUGAUGGAGGGACGAGUGGAGCUGCAGGACGGGGUGCUCGAGCAGCCAGUGGUUCUUCAGGGCGGAGUGAUGAUCGGGGAGCAGUUGGAGCUUCAGGACGGAGUGAUGAUGGAAGGACAAGUGGAGCUGCAGGACGGGGUGAUGGCACAGCCGGUGGUUCUGCAGGACGGAGUGAUUGUGGAGAACCAGGUGGAGACGGUGCUGAUAGAGGUCGAGGAAGAUGGAGUGAAAGAACAGACGCCGAGCGUGGACAUGUGAAAGUGGAUAAACGCGAGCAAGUGAACUGAGUGAUAUUUAUUUUUGUAAAGCAGCGCGUAGACUCGCGGCUGCACACGCUCCGGAGGUAGAAACACCACUCCUGAUCUGUCUCUAGACUAUAGUUUCUUUUUUCUAUUUUUUUUUUUUAAAGGAGAUUCCGGGGGA